AUAGUAGCGAAAGGUGGUGAAGUGAAAGGUGGCGUAUCCUUCCUUGAAUGGCCGCACUUGUUGUUUGAUUCCUAGGUUAAUACACACGUUGACGCGAUGACGGUCAAUGAAAGUGACGUCCACCUGUUUAUUUCCCUGGGUCUCAGUGAGCAGAAAGCGAAGGAAACACUGAAAAAUGUAGCGGUGACGAAUAAUCUGAAAGAAGCUAUUACAGCUGCAAAGGAAAGUAGUGAUAUUGCUGGCUGGAAAGAGAGUGGAGUUGGAACGCUGCUAUACCAUUUAGCUUCCAAGGCCAAGCCGCAGAUAGCUCAACACUUCAAACAUGUUGCGAAGUACAUAUCCCAGGGGAAACUGGACUCAACUCUCAGAGUCGAUGCUGCCCUUGAGUAUCUACUCUCUCACCCUCAAGGAAAUCUCAACCAUGCAGAGUUUGAAUCUGCAUGUGGUGUUGGCAUCAAAAUCACUGCAGAAGACAUUGAACAUGCUGUUGAAAAGCAGAUAAAUUUACAUAAAGAAGAACUUCUUGAGAAAAGAUAUCGGUUUAACUACUUCCCGUUAAUGCAAGCAGUUAGAAAUGAAUUGAAAUGGGCUGAUGGAAAGGCUGUGAAGAAUGAAAUGGAUCUCAUGGUAAUGAACUUACUUGGACCUAAAACUGAAGCAGACUUGGCUCCUCCUCCUGUAAACAAAGUAGACAAGAAACCAAAGGCUGCCAAAGAUGCUAAGAAUGUUACAAAAGAAGGCGCUCAAAAAGAAGAUAAAAGCAGUGCACCUACUGGGCCUGUAACAAUGGCUGAUUUACUGUCAAAAGUUAACUUCCAUAAACCUGGAGAAAAUUUCAAAUCUGAUGGAUAUGUGAUUACUCCUAAUACUAUGGAACUACUUCAGAAGCACUUAAAGGAAACUGGUGGCAAAGUCAUUACCAGGUUUCCACCUGAGCCAAACGGUAUUCUCCAUAUAGGUCAUGCCAAAGCUAUCAAUAUUAAUUUUGGCUAUGCUAUAUCCCGAGGUGGGGAUUGCAACCUUCGCUAUGACGAUACCAAUCCUGAAAAGGAGGAGGAAAAGUUCUUUACGGGCAUCAAGGAUAUGGUUGAAUGGCUGGGGUACAAGCCCACUAAAAUUACCUAUUCUUCUGACAAUUUUGAACAACUUUAUAAGUGGGCUAUUCAAUUGAUUGAAGAAGGGAAAGCUUAUGUUUGCCACCAAACAGCUGAAGAAGUUAAGGGCAUCGAUGCCCCUCUCUCACCGUGGCGGGACCGUCCAGUUGCUGAAAGUCUUCAACUCUUUCAGGAUAUGAAAAGAGGAAAGCUAGAAGAAGGAGAAGCUACCCUUCGUCUAAAAUUGACCCUUGAGGAAGGAAAGGUUGAUCCAGUGGCGUAUCGUAUUAAGUAUGUCCCUCAUCACCGAUCUGGUGAUACAUGGUGUAUUUAUCCUACUUAUGAUUACACUCACUGUCUCUGUGAUUCUCUUGAAAACAUCACCCAUUCGUUAUGUACUAAGGAAUUUCAAACAAGACGGUCUUCUUAUUAUUGGUUGUGCAAUGCUCUGAAUAUUUACUGCCCAGUUCAGUGGGAGUAUGGUCGUCUCAAUGUCAACUACACUGUUGUUUCUAAAAGGAAAAUUGCCAAGCUUAUCACUGAAGGCAUUGUUGCUGAUUGGGACGAUCCUCGCCUCUUCACUCUUACCGCUUUACGUCGCCGAGGGUUCCCCAAGGAUGCAAUCAAUAACUUCUGUGCUCAGAUGGGAUUGACAGGAAGUUUAGUUGUUGUCGACCCUCACAUGCUUGAAGCCUGCGUUCGUGAUACUCUAAAUGUUACUGCUCCUAGGGCUAUGGUUGUGCUAGACCCUCUUCGAGUUGUCAUUACCAACUUCCCUGCAGCAUCAAGCAUUCAAAUCGAAGUUCCAGAUUUCCCUGCGGAUCCCAAUUCUCCAAAACAUACAGUUCCAUUUGGAUCUGAAAUUUUCAUUGAACAUGAUGACUUUAGACAGGUUCUUGACAAAGGUUACAAAAGGCUGACACCAGAUCAACCUGUGGGUUUGAGACACUCUGGAUAUGUCAUUAGUGUUCAGGAAGUCCUCAGAGGCCGCUGUGGUGAUGUGAUGGAGCUGAGAGUAACCUGUGCUCCUGCUGAUGCCAACAAUAAACCCAAGGCAUUUAUUCAUUGGGUUUCGAAUCCUUUGAAUCUUGAAGUUCGACUAUAUGAGCGGCUGUUCAACCACAAGAACCCUGAAGAUCCUAAAGAGGUGCCAAAUGGAUUUUUGUCUGACUGUAAUGUUGAGUCCCUUACAGUUUUGAAUGCACUUGGUGAUAUUUCUUUGGCUAAUGCCAAAGUAUAUGACAAAUUUCAGUUUGAAAGAGUUGGCUUUUUCUCUGUUGACCCUGAUUCAACUCCUUCUCAGAUUGUCUUCAAUAGAACUGUUACUUUGAAAGAAGAUGCUGGAAAGGCAUAGUGGCUAUGUUAAUGACCAACUUCACAAUUUUAUCAGUUGCUAUAGUUUAUUUUAAUUCUUAUUACUGCUGUGAAAUGAAAAUAUGCAUAUGAAA